AUGGCGAAACCCAUCGUCCUCCAGUUGGGCGAUGACAUCCGUUGGAAUCAUGACACCUACAAAGAAUUCCAAUCCAAGUUCGACGUUCGACGCUCUUAUAGCAUGACCCGACCAGAAUUCAUUCGCGCACUCAAGGAGCGUCAGUUUGGCGAUUUCUCCGCCAUCUACCGACCAUUUUGGAACACAGGCGGCGAGAUGGGCAAUUGGGACGAGGAAUUGAUCUCGCUGCUGCCACAAUCAUGCAAAAUAUAUGCUAGUGCCGGCGCCGGUUUUGACUGGGUCGACGUAGCAGGUUUAGCUCGAAGAGGUAUCCUGUACUGCAACGCGGCUGCUGCUUGUACUGAAUCAGUUGCCGAUGCGGCGAUCUGGCUCAUCAUCUCCACAUUUCGACUCUUCUCCUGGUCUGCGGUGGCUGCUCGUUCGGGCGAUGCCGGUCAGUUCACCGACGCCAAUCGCAAUCUCGCCCCCGUAUCUCGGAACCCCAAUGGGCACACCCUGGGGAUCAUUGGAUUUGGUCAGAUCGGUCGCAGGGUAGCCGAAAAAGCGUACCUGGCACUCGGAAUGACGAUUAUCUACCACGACAUCGUCCGGAUACCUCUGGAUAUUGAACAGCGCACCGCCGCGACUUUCCACAAGGAUAUGGCGACUUUACUCGCGACAUCAGACUGCGUUGUUGUUGCCACGCCUUUUAGUGGGUCGAAGCUUCUCGAUAGAUCUACAUUGAGCAAGCUCAAGCAAGGGGCACGACUCGUGAACAUCGCCAGAGGGAAGCUUUUGGAUGAGCAAGCCCUAAUCCAAGCGCUCCAGAGUGGCCAUCUCUCCGCUGCUGGGUUGGACGUGCAUGAGAACGAACCACAUGUCAACCCGGAACUGAUUCGAAUGAAGAAUGUGGAGUUGACCUCCCACAAUGCCGGGGCGUCGUUGGAUUCCCACAUUGGAUUCGAGCGCCUGGGCAUGGCGAAUAUAACCGCCUUCCAUGAAACUGGGAAGGCAUUGACUGCCGUGAAUCAGCAUUUGAUUCCCAAGGGACAAUCUGGCAAGGAGAAGCUGUAG